AAUUAUUUGUUUUCAUUUAAUUAUUUUUAUUUUCAUUUUUUAGCUUCUUUGCAGAGCUGUUUUUUAUUUUAUUUUAAUGCCUGGACCUACGAUAUCUUUUAAACCGCUGACGGCUGAACCGAUUUCAUCAUGUAUUGAUAUUGUUGUUUACUCCAAUAACAUGUCUUCAUCUAGACUAUCGAAGAUAUUCAACAUUUUGGAUAUUUUUCAAAAGAAGAAAACUGAUAUUGCCGAUGAGACCAAUAGUUUAGCGUAUUGUUAUGCUAAUCUUAUGAGUGAAUUAAUAUGGCUUCAAACUUUCGAGACAGUUGAGAUGGAGCAGCGACAUGUUGGGGAGCUGGUUGAUGGACAAUUCAAUAGCCAACUAGUCCCUAAUAAAACACGGGUUGAAAAAGUGCAAAUGAUGAAGAACAGACACUACAUCGAACUAUCAGAAAUCAAGAUGCGGUACCGAAUGGAAUUUGUUAAAUUGGCUAAAACUGAUUUGUUAGCGUGAUUGAUGCGUUUCAAUAUUCGUUUUUUAAUAUUCAAGGUCCUAGUUACUUUCUAAUAUUCGUUGUUGGGCAAAGUAAUUCUUUUGAAAAUAAUUGUAUGUAGUUAUUCGUCAUUCCUAAACAAUUAUACUUUUGUUUACUACCUAUUUUUUUAUUUACUGCGUGGGAUAAUAUUCAUUUAUUUAAUAUUUAAAAUUGUUGACCUUACAAGGUAAUAAUAUAGGUCACAUUGGUUAAUGUAGGUACGCCCUUGGAUAGGUUGAAUUGUAGUGAUCAUAGAUGAGUAUAUAUAAUGGCUAUAGAUACUCAUCUAUAGCCAUUAUAUAGGUGAAUAAAUGGACAAUACAGCAAAAUAUAGAAUAUAAAAUACACACCAUAGUUGUAUUAUAAUUAUAUUUAUAUCAGUAUUCGCGGAUCACGGUCAGCAACGCAGUUAUGGAAGGAGGAAGGGGUGAGAGAAGUAGAUCCUUCAUCCAGACCUUGUUUUUUUUGUUAAUUAGUAAACUUUUAAUACAUUUAUUGAAACCUUAUUCCACAUUUUUAUAUAAUUUCUCUUUUUAGUUGUAUAUUUUUUGACACAAGCAUUAGGUAAUGUUUUUCUUCAUAAGGCUACAUGGUAAAUAUUGUGUUAAAAAACUCUUCAUAACUUUCAAACUUUUGU